UCAUAAUUUUAUUUGGAGAGAGAUGGGAGAUUCCGCUUCUGUAGCUUUCUUGUGAUCAUAGUUUCAGACUAUCGGCCCCACACCAAACCGUAAAGUAAAGAGAAGGGCGAUUGAUCCCUUUUUAUUCCAGAUUUUGACACUUCUGAUCAUCUGUAUUUUGUGGGACAGAAGUUGGGGACCUAAUCCAUGGAUUCCCCUCCGUUGGUGUCGUACUGCAAUGGUGGACUCUCUCAAAAGAUUAUCAUCGAUACCGAUCCUGGCAUUGAUGACAGCAUGGCAAUCAUGAUGGCUUUUCAGACACCAAACUUAGAUAUCUUAGGAUUAACAACUACAUUUGGCAAUGUUUCCACAAAAGAUGCCACUCGUAAUGCCUUACUUUUGUGUGAAAUUGCAGGACGUUUGGAUGUUCCUGUUGCUGAGGGUAGUUCUGAACCACUAAAGGGAGGAGAGCCAGAGAUUCAAGAUUUCAUCCAUGGAUCAGAUGGAUUAGGAAACUUACAUCUACCUCCCCCCAAAUUAAAAAAAGUAGAAAAAUCAGCAUCAGAAUUUUUAGUAGAUAAAGUUUCUGAAUACCCUGGUGAAGUAUCUAUACUUGCACUUGGUCCACUUACAAAUUUGGCUUUGGCCAUCAAAAGGGACUCCUCAUUUGUAAAUAAGGUGAAAAGAGUGGUCAUACUCGGUGGAGCUUUUUUUGCACUUGGGAAUAUUAAUCCAGCUGCAGAAGCAAAUAUAUACGGGGACCCUGAAGCAGCAGAUAUUGUUUUCACUUCUGGUGCAAAUAUAGAUGUUAUUGGCAUAAACAUCACAACACAAGUCAAAAUGUCAGAUGAUGAUCUUGAUGAACUGAGAAAGUCUAAAGGGAAGCAUGCUCAGUUUUUGUGCAACAGUAGUAAAUUCUACAGAGAUUGGCAUGUGAAAUCAGAUGGUGUUUAUGGAGUUUUCCUUCAUGACCCUGUCUGUUUUGUGGCGUUAAUUCGGCCUGAUCUUUUCGUGUUCAAAAAGGGGGUUGUUAGGGUUGAGACACAAGGGCUUUGUGUAGGACAUACCCUUAUGGACCAAGGGCUAAAAAGAUGGAAUUCAGAUAAUCCGUGGACGGGCUAUUCACCGGUUUCAGUUGCGUGGACAGUGAACGUGGAAAAGGUUCUUAAUUACAUUAAAACGGUGUUGAUGACACCGUAAAUGAUGUUGUUGUCUUGUAAUUUUUGUUUUGUGUUUUGUUUUUGCGAUUGGUGGGGACUACUAAGAUUUCUGAAUAUUUAAUCAUCUUAUGAAUUAAUUUUCUAAACAACUAUUUUUCAAUGA